AUGGAUUCGUUGUAUCCCAACGGUCAGUGGACAUUUCAACAGGAUUCAGCCACUGCCCACAAGACGAAAACGACGCAAGCAUGGUUACGAUUGAAUUGUCCAGAUUUUAUCUCUUCUGAAGAAUGGCCGCCGUCGUCGCCGGAUUUGAAUCCGUUGGACUUCUGCAUAAGGGGAACUUUGGAAUCGGUUGUUAAUGCGAAGCCACAUCGCAGCAUUGAGUCUUUAAAGCGAAAAUUCAUUCAAGAACGGGAUCGUUUAGAUAUGGAUUUGGUGCGUGCUGCUCUACAAUGUCGCAUAUUCAAAACGUUUGAAGUUUUGCCAUAA